AUGGAGUUGAAGUUGGAGGUAGUUUUGUCAUCAAGCAUCAAACGAAAGAAACCAUGGCCUCGUUUUUGCUGGCUUGGGCAGGAGAAGGAGUCCGUGUUUCUCCUGGAUGACAAACGGAUUAGUGAGAUCAACAUGGUGUCUGGGCGCACCAAGAAGAGAACACCCAAACUCCAUCCUUUGCUCAACAACGUGGUGAAAAUGGCUGCGUCAGACAAUGGAAUGUGGCUCUGUGGACUUUUGAUGUCUGGAGAACUCUUUCUGUGGAACAGGGAUAAAGAUGUGUUGAAGAAUGCUGAAGCAGCUACAGAUGUAUUCCGGGCGAUCACCGCUGCUCAAGAGAAAUCCACAAGGUUGUCCCUACAGGUUUCAGGGGAUGGGAUGCGUGUGCUUCUUGUAAGCAUAACUGGCCAAGUGUUCUUGUGGGAGUGUGUGGAUGCCAGAGAUUUGACCGGUUUGCGAGAUGGCCCAGUCAAAGGACACUGGGCGCAUAUACUUCCUCUUAAUGAGACCGUGUUGCCUUCCUUACAAGAUAAAGAAGCAUCCCAACAUGUCAUCUUUGUCAAGUCAGAGGUUAUGGGGGAUGCUUGCUUUACAGCAUUUGUUUUCACAUCAGAGAACCACCUUGUAAUCACCUUCCUUAAAAUUCAGUGGAUCGAGGGCCAUCCGAGGGUGGGUUCUCCCGGCUACAGCAUACAGUGGGCCACAAAGAAAUACCCCAUGUCUUACCUCACUCCACCAUGCCAGUCAGUGAAGUCCAGAGGGGCCUUGGUGGCAGCCUUUUCCCCAGAUGGCCGACUGUUAGCAGUCGUCCUGAACCAGAGAAAGCCUAAAGCCACGCAGGUUCUCUUUGUGAGCACGCAAAAUUUUGUUUCAGUAUCGAGUGGCCUUGGAGGAUGUGGAAGCAAAAAAGUAGAUAUCCCAUCUAAAUAUAUCAGGUCAUACUGGGUGGGCAGUGUCAGCUGGUCGCCUGGAGGCAUUUUCCUAGCCUGUGUGUUGAAGAGAGGCUCCCUUCUCAUGCUGGCUCGUCUCGGCGGACUUCUCACUCUAGCCACUUCUGGUUGCAACGUUGAGUUUGGUCCUGCCCACUUUCUGCCCCUGCAUCCUCUGGUCACUUACCGGCCACAGAUGUCUGGAUGGAAGGGCGAAGCCUCUCUGUCCAGCUCAAGCAUGUCAGCCCGUGAUAUUCUGAGGCAGCGGUACUCUGUGACCUGGCAUCCACGGCUGCUGUAUCUCAUUGUGUCUGAUGGCUACAUGGCUACAGUUCUGCGGGUGCUGGACAGGCCUUCUCCUGACCUCUUACUGAAGACACUUCUACAAGAUACAAGAAAGGCUCUUGUGAAGAUCACCCGCAAACUAGAUAAAACACAGGUUCAUAUGAAGACUUGGCUGGAGUCUGUAUCUUGUUCAAAUCAGGACAGCAACCUUGAAGAUUUCAACACCACUGUCAGAUUUGGGCUGAACUACACAGACUCCAUCAUUUCAGCGGGCACAGAUGGAUCCAAACUUCCGGUUUUCCUGCAGGACCAGUGGGGCGGUACUAAGGAGCUUCUUGAAAGCAUGCAGGCUCUCUUUGACGGUGAGUCUGAUAUAGACGGACUUCCUGCUGGGUCCCAUAAGGAAGAUGGAGGUCGUUUGGAGUUUGCCUCUAUGUUUGACACACUCCAUGCCCUGGACACACACAAUGAGGGCGUAUUUGUCUCCGGCUCGGAUGGCGACGGAGACUCCGUUGAUGCAGAGAACAGGGCUCUUCUCCAAUAUGAACUGAGGAAGAUCCAGAGUGGGCUGUUAUCGGCCUGGGCUUUCGGGAUGUCCUUAGGAAAUGCUGUGAAACACAGAAAUCAUCUGCUGAGGCAUACGCUCUGCUGUGUGGCUCAGUUUGCUGCUUUACUGCAUUUUAUGCCUAACUCUGGAGUUCACACAGGGGAAAAGAAUAAAUCCACCUCUGCUCACCUCCUGUACCUCAUUAAAGAGCUUCUGUCUUUCCUUCCUUGGGACAACACUCCUUCAGAUGGACCACACUGCUUGGAACUGGUGGUGGAGUUUUGUAAAUGGAUGGUACACCUUCUAUUGUCCCCUCAUCCUGACACCAGCAAAACCAGUCCCUCUAACUUAUCUUCACAAACUCUUUACGGAAUCAUACAUAUCUUGCAACUAGUUUCUGAUUGUCUUGAUCAGUCUUAUAGCUUGAAACCCCAAAAUAUCUGGUCCUCCUCUGAGGAGGAAUCACCCUCUCAGCCACCAGUGAUGUGGCCCUCGGAUAUGUACCAUGUAUCUCUGUUACAGGCUGAGAUGAAGGGUAAAUCUAGUUCUCCACAUCGGGCACAGCCAGUUCCCCAGCGACCCUCCAGCAGAUUGUUGGGAGUGUGGCAGCUGGUGUACAGUGUCACCCAGCAGUAUGCAGAAGAACUCAAAAGCUUUACAGGCUGCGAUGGCUGGGCGGAGGAAGAGCAACAGCUGUCUGUCAUCUUGUCCCAGAUCCAAACAGCUCUGCAGGCUACAGGAGUAAAGUUAGAGGAAGGCCCCGCUCUGCUGGAUUACGCAGGUGAACAUCUUUUCCUGAGUGGCUUGUACACAAAAAGUGCGGAUGUCUGGCGAUUGCAAGUCUGUGAAGAGGCCAAGAAAAGUUCUGAUCGCAGUGUGUUCCAGGAGACGCGGCUCUGUCUGGCGCUUUUGUACAGUCUGUUGUCGCAAUACCGUCUGAGAGAAGCUCAGGAGUUGGGGGACCACAUGGCACAUCUGAUUCUGCUCAGGGCUGGACACCAGGGGGACAGUUUGCCUCACGCAGCAGGUUCUCCUCCUUGCACGUGGCUGCCGGCGGACCUUCACACUGAGGCCAUCUGUGCAGUGGUUCAGUCUCUUGGCAGAUUCAUGGCCUCUUACUUCUCCAACCAGCCUCUUUAUAUUCUGCCUGCUCACAAUGUGGCUGUGCUGCCUCCACUACAUCUACCUCGCGCCUCCUCCACCGGGCGUUUGGUGUCGCUGUGCCAGGAGGCUGCUGCUCGAGCGGUUCGACAGCAGCAUCUGUCAGAGGUGUGGACAGUGGACUAUGCCCAGGACCUGCUGCUGCUGGGAGGGCUGCUUCCUGAGGCUGCGUGGUUGGCCUAUCACAUGGGAGAUUGGAAAACAGCAGUGUCUCUGAGUCUGGCAUACACCAGUUACUCCACUGAACAUUUAGACCUCACUCGGAAAAGAGAGCUCCAUCUGCCAAGAUUUCUAGAACCUGAAAGCAUUUUUCAGGUUGAGCUCGAGUGUCUUCUUGCCACUAAAGCUGACUCUCAAGAAUUCAUAAUUAAUUUUGGUGACAAGAGCUUUACAGAUCCUUUGGAAGGAGAAGACUGGAACUUGUUAAAAGCUUCCAUUCAGGAGAUUCUGAAGGCUUCAGUCAUGGCAGGAGUGAAUGUUAUGUCUUCACCCUUGUCUUCACUGCUGGACACAGCCAAGGACAUGUGUUCUUCCUUACCUGCCCUGGUGCCUUCUGGAUUGUACUUGCCUUCACCACCUCUCUAUUGCCCUCAGCCUUCACCCAACACACAGGACCAAAUAGGGACAACGGGACACCUUGCAGAAGUUGCCUGCCGACACAAAGUUUCAGUUUUUCUCCAAAGAUUACUUUUGCUCCUGAGAUCUAGUCAUUGUUGCCAUCCUUCUGCCCAGUGGUACAUCAGUCAUCUGGCCCGUGGCAGACACAUACUCUACAAGAUCAAGAAGAAGUAUUCUUACCCGUCUGCUGAUCAGGAAGAAAAGACUUUGCCAGAUGGACUGAUGAAGUUGAACACCCGCACCGGAUACUUCAGGGGGCCUAACAGAGAUGGUCAUCUCAACCAUGACAGCAUUCACACCAUUGUCUGUUUCAGAGAGCUGUGUGCUCUGUGUUGGAUGCUUCACAUCAGAGAUCAGCUCUCAAUUCAUUGCAGGAAGUAUCAAGCAGCCCGACAGAAUAAUCAGAACAAUGAGGUGUCAGCUGAUUCAGAAGUGAUCUCAGCCUGUGUCGAUGCUCUCCACUGGGCCUGUCGUCUUCUGCCUUUUUCUCAUUUCCUCAAUGCCGAGGAAGUCCUUCAGGAUAUAAUGCUCAGCCUUAUCUCUGAACUACCUCCCAUGUCUAUGGUGGCUGACACACUGGUGCGGGCAUUCCCAGAGGAGGAAGAGUCUGUCAGAGUGCCUUUGAGAGAAAAAUAUAACUCACUGCUGCAGAGACUGAGGCUGUGCAAGGUCCAAGGAGAGAAUGACAAAGAAAAUGAGAUGAUGCUUCUGAUCCGAGACAAAUUCCGACAGAGAAGGAAACAUUUAGCGCGUUUACGGAGACACUUGGCACCUCCUGUGCUCCAUUUGUGGGAGAAAGAAGAAGAAGAGGAAGAUAACGGGAUGGCCGUGAUUAGGCAACCAUCACUGAGCACUUUGACUGAUUUUGGAGACCAGCCUGUGGGCAGCGAUGUAGAACCAGCAGAGAAUACAUCUCAUGCUGUCUCUCCUCAAAAGCAUGGCAGAUCCCUAACCAGGGACAAAAGAGGAAAACAAAAAAGAGAAGAUGCUAAGAAAACUGCUGUUUCAAUGCAAGAGUCAGGUAAAAGAAGCAAAGCCAAGGAAAAAGAGCAGCUGUCCCUGCCGGUGGUUGGAACCUGGGAGUUUGAGCUGGAGGAUGAGGAGUAUCUAAGUUUCCUGGAGCUCUUCCUUAGUUAUGUGCUUGAGAAAAAUGACACUGAUGGAGGAGAGUCGACCUGUGAACUUCCCUUACUGAAGGGUUAUUGCUCUGAACUGAGGGAGAAGGAGUUGCAUUCUCUAACCUUUGAUGUACUCACCACGAUACGUCGUCAAAGACACGCACACCUUCCAGUGAGAGCACACUCUGCUUGUAGCCCUCCUGUUUUCAGAGCUGGCUGUUGCUACAAGCCUGUGAAAGAAGGUAGAAGACCUGAAUCUCAGUCUUCAGCCUGGAGUGAAGCCCCUGUAUCAAGGACAAACCUGUCUGGAAGCUUUCAUCCUGGGCAGGAAGGUGGGAGGCAAAAAGGUUUGUUUGCCCUCCGAAAGCAAAGCAAAAUGCCCAUCAGCAGAGUGAAGGAGGACAUGCUUAGUUCUGAAACCAGCCUAAUUCAGAGUGGAUAUGCCGAUGCUCAGCCUUCAGAAAAUGUCUCUGUGUUGGCGGAAGCUGUGACUGAACUGCAACAGGGCCUCAAUCCAAAACUAGAAGCUCAGUUUCCAGAGUUGGGCAGGCUGCUGGAGUGGAUGGUUCGCUGGGCUGAUAGAAGGGUGCUUUGGAGUCAUGGUGGUAAAAAGAAGAAAGGUGAUGAAGGGCCAGCUGAUGAGGGAGUUAUGAUCCGUGUCAAAGCUUCAGCACCUGCUAUCCUUACUUCUCUGAGUUUGCUGGAGGGCAGGUACACAACUCUGUCUGUGACUGACCACAACAGUCCCCAAAUGCAAUGGACUGUUGCCCCUGUGCUGCAGCCUGAGGUGGAUAGGAGGCUGGAGAGGGAGAGCAGUGUUGAUACAGGCUACCCUGGAUCAGCCAACAAUCCCAUCGCUGGUCUUGACCAAACUGUGCAGCAAGGAGAACAAGAUACUGGGUCGUCUACAGAUGAAGCAGAGCAGCUUUCUUCUCAGAGAACAAAUCUCCCUUCUGACCAGUCACAAAUGACCUCUGAUGUGCAACAGACAGACGCCAGUUCACAACAUCUGUGCCUCGCUAACUUAGAUGUUACACCUGAAAAAGAAGGCAGAGGUAGUGACACUGAGGGAGUGGGAGUGUCUUUUGGUUCCAGUGGUAACACCUCUGGAAACAUCUGUCCACCUGAAACGAGUUUUAAACUUGCAGACCUCGACCACUCAGAAAAAGCUGAAGAUGUGUCCACUUCCUGCUCCAUCAACAGUUUUCCCUCUGAACAUCCCGAACCCCCAGCUCUUCCCGCUGUCCAGCCUGAGAUUGCAGUUCAUACAGAAGUGUCCGAUUCAAGUGCCAAGCUGCUCCCACACACUGCUGUUAAGCCCCCAGAUGCUGAGCCACAAACCAAUACAGCUAGUGCACCCUCUGCACAUCCUGCCCCUUCUCAGCCAUCCACCAUUUCUCCAUCCAGACAGUGUCUGGGUGAAGAAUUAUUUAGACUGGUUCAGCAUAUCAACUACAUGAGUCUUGGUGAGGUUUUGGGAGCUUCAUUUUCCAGCAUGCAACUCGCCCAGCAGAACUCCACAGCCAUCAGGCCUGAUAUGAGCUCCCACCUUCAUGUGACGCCAUCCUCGGCCACCAAAUUUGUCCCUGAAAGAACAGUCUUACCUGUUAGCGCCGUGGUCGCAGCAGCACCUCAGGUGCAGACAUGUGUGCCCAAUUCCGGAUCUGGUGACCCUCAGUUCACUCUGAGUGCAGGAAGUAGGUUUGCGGUGCAGCCCGUGAUGCAGAGCUCAGCAAAGACCUCCUCUGCAGCUGACCAGUGCCAUGCCAGAGAAAAUCAACCCUACAGUUUCAUGGCUGCAGGCUUGCAAAGUCAGGACUUGCAGCCACUGACUGUCCAGGCAGAGUCAACAAGCAUCCAGCAGAGAGAGAACAGAGGGUUAGCCCCUUUCUCCCAGGGGCUCCUGGCCACCACUGAUCAUGCUGACUUAAACUCUCCCGGGUUACUGCCUCCCAAUGGCAUUGCACAGGACGAAUCAGUUCCUCAGAUGUCGGGCCUGAGGUUACUUAAACUUAGUAAUCCUCUGAUGUCCCGGCACAGUACCCCUCACUAUCCACCAGGACAACAAUCCCAGAUGCAGCACAUCUCAAAUCCAGAAACUCUUCAGUCCUAUCAGCACAAGCUCAAACACAAUGACCAAGAUGGUUUGAAGAAGAAAGGAGGGGAGCAAAGACACGUGUUUUCUGUUCCAAAAAAGCACCUCAGCUUUAAUGCAUCACAUGAUCCAUCUCCAGGGAAUUCCCAGCCCCAGAUUUGGGCCGCAGGGCAGUCGAAUGGCCAGGGGUUUUCCGUACUUCCUCCUGCUUUUCCAACUCCAUCACCAAUGUCAGUGCAAGGCCUUCGCCUUCUACAGUUGCAGCAGGUUCCGCACUCCAAUGUCAUCUUCCCCAGACUACCUCUACCAUCUUACUCCAGACCUGCUGUCAUUGCAGCUCCAAUGACUCACACAUCUACGAUCAAGCUUCUCCAUAUUGAAGCUGGUCCCAGAAUAAUGGUGCCCCAGGCAGUUCCUUCCACCCAAAUGACGCGUCUUUUCUCAGUGGAACAGUUAACAAACUCUGUGAGCAGGCACCCCGAGGAAUCUCCGCUGCAGCUGCUCAAAGCAGAGACUGUGCAGAUUAGUGAGGAGCCUUCGGUGGCUGAAGAGAAAACUCUUGGGCAGGACAUCACAGGAUCAUCUGACUCUUUGCUGACUGGCCAGAGACUGUUGGACAAGGUCUUUUCCACAUCAGCCCAGCUCCAUGCCUUUGCUGCCAUGAAUAAACGACCCCCUGAGUGCCACGAUGCUUUUACCAACACAGAUGCAGCCUGUCCACCUGUGUUUGUGGAUAAAUCUGUGUCUUUCUCAGCUUCUGCGAGGACCAAAAGCCCAGAAUCGCAAAGUUCAGGAAAUUUUAUCAUGUGCAAGGAGAAACCUCUUCAAGACAAAGGGGACAAUCCAGAGGAACCCAGUAUACUGGAUAUCGGAGGCCGCCAGUUCUUAACUGUCUUAGAUUUAGAAGAUGUAAACCAGUGUGAGCACAUCCUGCCACGUUCCAUCUCAGAAGCAGAGGACGUUCCCUCCAUCUUUCCCUCCUCCCCUACUUCUGCUCAGCUUCACGUUCUCGCAACCUCUGUUAUCAGGAAUGGUGCCACAGCUGCUGAGCCACAGCCCUCAGCCAUAACCAUACGGAAUCCACAGAAACCCACCCCUCCCACAGAUUACCUUGAGGAAUCGCCCUCAUUCAGCCCCCGCGAACCUCGCAGGGUUUCAGAGGGAAACAUUGUAGAGGAUAAUGUGAUAGUAGAUCCUUCGGACUCACUAAUCUGUCGUGCCAUAAAGAGCCAGAGAGGUUUACCAUCAACGGCCUCCUCCUUGCUUCCUGCAGUGGUGUUCUCCUCUCGCCUGUCAGAGCUGGAUGCUCAGAUGGCCGCUGUACAGAAUAUUGCCGAUCGUCUGGAGAUGGACUUCUUAAACUCAGGACUGCCACUGAACACAGUUGGACAGCUCUCCUCAGAUGCUGGAGACCUCUCUUCAGACAUGGUGCCUGAUGUCAACAUUACCACAGCAGUAAAGAAAACAGUCAGACUCUCAGUUCCACUGAAAGCAUGGAUGCCAAGGUCCGGCCAAGACAUUUUAGCUGAGACACAAACCCACAAAGAGGGAAAGAGACUUCAAGAGGAGGAGCAGCUGGUUCUUGAUGACUCAGAAAAUCCUGAAACAGAUCCUCAGAGUCACAAAGCAGAUUGUUCUUACCUCCAAACCCCAUCAGAAAUGAAGGAUCACUUGAGUGAAGGAUACGAGAUAUCCCAAGAGUGGACGAAUGAAGAUCUGGGUCAGACUGGGUUAUCUGAUACAAUGGAAAUCUUAGAGGAGUUGGUAAAGGAUGGAUACUUAUCACCGACUGACUGGAAUUUGUCAUCCUCACAAACUCCACACCAUAGCAGCAGCAGGCAGGAGCAGCUGCAGAAAAGUUGGACAUCUCAGGAACGUGCUUUUCCUGAGGAUGAGAGAAAAGACCUGAGGAUAUGGAUGAGGAGGAAGCAAAGGGACAGACUGGCUGCUUAUCAAAAACACAGAGAGAGUCUGAGAGAAAGGGAGCGUAGGCCGUUCUCUGCCUCUCCAACAAGGCCGGCAAACAGAAAUCAAGCAGUGACACAGAAAACCAAAGAGGAAAGAUUAAGGAAAGAAAAGUUAACCCUUCUGGAGCAGUAUAACCAGAGGACACGUGAGGCUUGUUCUUUAGCCAGCGACCUUGCCCAGUCUCAUCUGGCGCUGUCCACCAUACGGUCAGUCUCAGCUCGACCCACAAGCAGCGCUCACAGGGCUCACAAUGCAUCUGUGAGUGAUAAAAGAACUCUUGAGUUGCGACAAGGACGAGCUCCACCCCAACUUCUCCCACAGUCUGCUCACCAACGACCUUCUGAGGAUCUCUGCAGGAGACUGGGGCUUCAUCGACCAGCAACCUUUUUGCCAGGAGACCGUCUGUCACAGGUAACGAGACGCGGCAUGCUCAGCAACCCGAAGAGCCACUCUAAGCUUCAUGCAGCUGGUCAGAGUGAGGGGUCGCAUGAUGGAUUUCAAAUAAAGAUGGGGUUGAAGAGCAAUUCUUCAGAAAAUGCUGCUGUCGGAGGAAGGAUUCUAAUGGAGCAGACUCGACUGGUGGAGAGAGACAUGGUGCACAGUUCACAAUCUGAUAGGCUGCACGGCCUGGGGGACACUAAUUCAGUUUUUGAAGGCCUUUCGGUUGAGAAGGAUGAUGGCAGAACGGAUGGUGUUUCAGAGACGGACUGGCUGGACAAUCUCUCUGAGAGCACAGGGAGCGGUCUCAGUAAAAUAGACUGGGCUGCUAUUGAGAAGAUGGUGGCCUCUGAGGGGGAGUGAUGUCUAAUAAAUUGAGAAUAGAAAACAGUGCCAUGUGGACAUUAUAUAGAUCUUAUAUUAUGUACCUAUUAGAUACGCUGUAUAUCAGAAGAAUUUAAACUGUAAAGGUAUAUAUACAUAAAAAAUAUCAAUCUAUUUUUGCUGAAAUUUGUUAAUAGUUUAUUUUUACUUGUAUACUUUUUUAAUGAAUUAUUGUGGUCCAAUAUAUUUAAUUAGUCAGUUGUCAUCUGUAUUUACUUAGCUUUAUAGUUAAUUUAAAUUUGAAAUCUGUCUUUGCUAGUAAUAACACCAUCUGUAGAAGUCAAUGAGUGAUGACGAAAAAAACAGCACAGCUUAAAAAAAGGCAAUAAAAAAGAUUACAUCUUGAUAUUGCCUGGAUGACACCUGUAUUUUAUUUAAAUAUAGUUGUGUAUAUUCACAGCUUUUUUAAAUAAAAAGUCAGUUUUAAAGACCCUCAUAUGGCCAGAUUACAGUGUUCUAACAAGACAAAGUGAACUCCUCUUCAUUGUAAGCCAAAUUGCUUUUGUUUUUUAAGUUAAAUAAAAAAUGUUAUGAUCUU